AUGACUCCUGACUCCAGGACAAAGUUCUUUGUUCACCUGUUUGUAGCAUCUCUUGGAGUAACUACCUUUACAUUAUGUGCUCUCUGCAUAGACCGUUUCCGUGCUGCCACAAAUGUGCAGAUGUAUUACGAGAUGAUUGAAAACUGUACAUCAACUACUGCCAAACUGGCUGUUAUAUGGGUUGGGGCUCUCCUGUUGGCACUUCCUGAGGUGGUUCUGCGGCAGUUGACUAAAGAGGACUCAGAAAUCAGCGGGAGCCCUCCCAUAGAACGAUGUGUGGUAAAGAUUUCUCCUCACCUGCCCGACACCAUCUAUGUUUUGGCACUUACAUAUGAUGGUGCAAGGCUGUGGUGGUACUUCGGCUGUUACUUUUGCUUGCCUACCCUCUUCACUAUUACUUGCUCUUUGGUGACAGCAAGGAAAAUCCGAAAGGUGGAGAAGGCUUGUACAAGAGGAAACAAGCGACAAAUUCAGCUGGAAAGCCAGAUGAACUGUACAGUUGUUGCACUGACCAUUUUGUAUGGUUUCUGCAUCAUUCCAGAAAACAUCUGCAAUAUAGUCACUACCUACAUGUCCACAGGAGUGUCUCAACAGACUAUGGACCUCCUCCACCUUAUUAGUCAGUUCCUGUUGUUCUUUAAAUCAUGUGUGACUCCAGUUCUUCUUUUCUGUCUUUGCAAACCAUUCAGUCGAGCCUUUCUGGAGUGUUGCUGCUGCUGCUGUGAUGAAUGCAUACAGAAGUCCUCUACAGUUACGAGUGAUGAUAAUGACAAUGAGUACACCACAGAGCUUGAACUGUCUCCUUUCAGUACAAUACGUCGUGAAAUGUCCACUUUUGCCUCAGUUGGGACUCAUUGUUAGCUUCUCCACUGGCCACAGUUCAGUCCCCGUUUUGUUUUGUUUUUCCCCAGGUUGUCUUCAGUGCGUUUCUGGAUUUGAUAUCGACUCUCAUUUUUUAUCUUGAGAAAGGAGAAAACAGAUAAUGUCCUAUUAGACUGACUAUAAACUGUUGCACAUAGUAACAUACUUGCUUUGAGAAAUAAUUCUUAGUCACUAAAAAAACAAACAAAUUGUAAUUACUAUUAUGGUGCUAGUAUUUUAUGUAUUAAGGAAAGGUGAAAGCCUUCUCUGAUCCCAUGUAUUAUUUAAUUUAAUUUAGGUUGGAUUUUAUUUGUUAUUUUUAAAAUAAUUGUUAAUUAUCUGAUAAUUGUUGACCUUGGUAAUGAUCCAUCUUACUGUACGCAUUUGUAAGGCUGCAAUCUUAAAUGCAGUCAUAUGAGAUUAAGUCCCAUUGAAAAUGAAUUUACAGGAUUCUGCUGCUUGCUAUUCAUCAUGUAUGCCCCUAGUUCUUUUGGCAGUCAGAAACUAAUAAUGUCUCGUUGAUUUCAGCAGAAGAGAGUGAAGUUCAUGUUCAAAUCUCCCAUUAAAAUCUAUGUGGCUUUAAACUAUUUAAGGUAGACUGAAUUGUGCUCAUUGUAUUUUCCCCCUCUUCCCAAAAAAUCUAUUGAAAUAGAUUGAAUCAUUUGAGAAUAGUUUUAAGUCAAAUUUAUGUAAAUUAAUAUGAGCUUAUUUGGGAUUUCAAAACAAACAAACAAACAAACACCCAGUCCACCAAACCAAGCUGUUAAGAAAGUGGCAUGAAAUAAAUGAGUUUAUAUUCCAUGACCUGUAUUAUUGGCCAGCAUUUUAACAUUUACACCCAAAAAUGUAGCUGUUAUAAGUGUAACUUAUAAGAAAUAUAAAGAAAUUCCAACAAUAAGUAAAUGAGGUUUUUUCACCCCUUUGCAUUAACCAGUUCCCCUCUAUAUGAAACUGGUUAGGCCUCAUCUUGAGUACUUUGUCCAGUUCUUAUUACCACACUAAGAACAAUGCUGGAGAAGUUCAGAGGAGGACAGUAAGGAUGAUCAGGGGACUGGAAACCAAGCCCUGUGAGGAAAGACU